AUGGUCGACACGCUGCCGAUCGUCGUCGCCGUCGCCUGCGUCGUCGUCGCCGGCCUCGUCGUCGCCGCGACGCGCCACACGCGCGCGGCGGCGGCGGCGGCGACGGGCCCGCUGGCCCUGAAGACCGCCGACCUCGCCGUCGGCGACAUUUUGGUGGGCACGUCGCCCCUGGGCGGCAUCGUCGAGGAGCUGAGCGACGACGAGGCCGAGGAGGUCGUGGAGCGGUGCGUCGAGGUCGGGUUCCGCCACUUCGACACGGCGCCGCACUACGGCCUCGGCGUCGCCGAGUCGCGGCUCGGCGCGGGCCUCCGCCGGGGCUGCGCGAAGCUCACGCGGACGCGGCGCGCGGCGCUGAAGAUCCUCGACGAGGAGGUGCGCGUCUGGACCAAGGUCGGCCGCGUCAUCAAGACGAAGGACACGGUCGCGGCCGGCGACGUCGUCGAGGCCGACAACCUGCCCGGGUCGUCGACGACGAUCUACCUGCGAGUCGAUCUGCGUGGCAUUCACAUCUUCCACCCGACUUCAAUCGACUCGCCCGAGGACGCCGUGCCCGUCCUCGACUACAGCGCCGCCGGCGCGGCGAAAAGCUACGCCCAGUCCCUGGGCCGCCUCGGCCCGGGCGUCGUCGUCGCGGGCCUCCGGUGCCACGACCCGGAGUCGCCGGCGCUCGAGGCCGCGGCGCUCGCGGGGUCGCUGCCGGGCCUCGCGGCGGUCCGCGCCGCGGCGACCAAGCGGCCCGCGCCGGCCGGCGCCGAGACGCCGGGCGCGAAGAAGCGCCGGGGCGACGCCGGCGCCGCGGCGCCGGCGCCGCUCGAGCUGUCCGUCGGCCUCAACGACGCGGCCGUCGCGCUCCGCAUCCUCGACGCGACGAACCCGGCGCGCGGCGACGGCGCCGGCGGGCCGCCGGCCCUCGACUCCGUCAUGCUCGCGGGCCGCUGGCACCUCUUGGACCAGACGGGCGCGCCCGUGCUCGCCGCGUGCGCGGCGCGCGGCGUCCGCGUCGAG